CAUCGUUUCUACUUCUCCAACAUUAUCAGCCAUUUCUAGCGAAGAGCCAGUGAAUAAUUCAUCGAGUACCGUUCAUCCGUUUUUGAGAACAUCAGUCAAGACUGCCCCUAUAACAUUAAUUACGGCAAAGGAUGUUGUCACACAUGAAAAGUAUAGAUUAGUUUCAGCUUUAUUUAGUGGAGUUGAAAUAAAUGAAGGAAUGAAUUCUUCAAUUUAUGGACAUUUCGUGGAUGUUAGUAGAAGCGAUAAUCUCCCUAAACAUCAUUCUCAGAAAAGAGCUUCACAACAUCAUGCAAAGAUUGAAUAUACAUUCUUAGAAACAUAUAGUAAUAAUAGGGGAUCUCUGCUGAUGAAUAGUAAGUAUAUUAUUUCUUAG